AAAAGCCUUCAAUGUUGUUUACAUGGCACAAUGGCCAGAAUCUGAGCAUACGAGGACGGUUUCGGACGUUAAGCACCUUGAUCCGUCGGGAUCCAACAGAGCUAAAGUGUCAGCAUCCCUGAUAAUGCAAAGCACCUAGUACGUUUUAAUACUUGAACAUCAAUGUAAGAACCAGGAAUUGGGUCGUGGCUUUGCUUUGGGCGGGGGAUUUCCUUGCCGAACCUCGUUAGCCAUGGCUGGUCGAAAUCACACCAAGAAGGGAAGGGACGAUGGCUUUUGGAGACGAGUUGCUCUGGCUCUAGGCUGCGUCCCGGUAUACGUAAUGGCGCGAGACGACCGCUUCGACGCUCCGUCUGAGGUCGGCCUUCGGAGCGGGCGCCAAGAGAAUGCCGCGAGCAUUCCAAGCGGAAAGUCACCAAGCAUGAACUACUUGGCGGACAUCUCUUCCUCAUCUCGUCCUCUCGGCAUUCCCUCCUGGCGCUCCGCGAACCAAUCACGGCUAACAGUCUACGGCAGCAACCGCAUUGUGCCACACCACGGCGCCAACAACCCUGGUCAGACUCAGCUGCAGCAGCAGCAGUCGUCGGUGCAUGGAAGGCAGCAGGACUCCUCACCGCUUCUGCCGUCCUCACAGCCACCAUCUGCCUCCCAGCAGGCCGCAGCAGCCACCUCCGGAUCGCCCCUUUCCCCAAGCACCAGCGCAGUUCAAUCAGACCCAGCCCCCCGAACCAGCAUGCCGCGCUACUCACUUGACGUCAACAAUCUCCGCGCAGCCUACCGUAGCAUCGAGCUGCCUGAGAAGCUGCAAGAUCCAUCACUUCCAUCUGCGGAUCAACCAUUUGGAUUAUUGCCGUGCAACCAAACACCAACGGAUCCACGGCGCAUGACGCGGAAGUGGUCCUCUGUUAAGGAGGUACGCAGCAGGGAGGAGGAUUGCGCCUGUUCGGAAGCACCGAGACGAACGGUGCUUCGGGAGACCUGGACUACGGAACAGCCAGAGGCACGUCAACAGCAGCAGGAGUCGGGAAGUACGGCAGCAGCAGCAGCAACAGCGGCGGCGGCAGACGGAUCUAGCAGAGGCGGAAGCGGACACAGAAGUCACUCUCCUCUCCUGGAAACUAAAGCGACCGGCUCUGCAUCUGAGGUGGUCAUGCGCGCGGAAACAAUUGAAGAGGCAGAGUUCAUGGAUACGGACGAAGACGAUAACAACAACACCGAAGAAGGAACGCCGGUAGCAGGUGAUGAUGAGGCUGCGGUACAACAGGCGGCUGCAGCGUCGGAAGCACUGGCCGCAGCUGUGGUGUCGGCAAUAGCGGAGGCUGGUUUGGCGUGUAUUGAAGAGGCGGCUUCCGACGGCAGCGGCGAAGAUGUUGACAAGGAGGUGCAGAAACGCGAUUUACGGCCGCCGCCUUUGCUGUUACCGCGCGUACAGGACCCCAACGCUCGCUCCCAAUCGGCCACCGGUGAAGGGCCCAGCCGCAGUGGCAGCAGCAGCAGCAGCCGCCUAGAUCCCCCGCUGCCCACUGCUUCACCUGUUGCCCUGGGCGCGAUCGCAGAG